GCAGCUGCUCCCUGACACAUCCCCCCGCUGCCAUAUUGUGUCCGCGCCGCCGGCCGCACGGCUUCAUGACCGCGGGACACCAACCAAGGAGCGUGCUGCCUCAACAGCUCCAACUGCCACAGGUUUUCUGCUUGAGGAGCCUUCCCGUGUCCUCUGGGGAGCUCGGGAUGGAAGGCGCCAGCAUUGCCAGCAACUAUCUCAGUGUCAGGACGUGCCAGUCCAACCAGUAAAGCUAAAUGGGUCCAGUCACUGGAAUGACUCCGGAUAAGAAAGCUGAAACACCAGGAGCAGAAAAAGCUGCAGGACUACGGCAGUGUCAUGGGGUGGGAAGCUUGCCUGAUGCAGGCGAUGCCGGCAGGCCAAAGGCCACUGUGGUGGACAGAGAUUCAGCAGAUGAUGAGCUCACAAAUUUGAACUGGCUGCAUGAAAGUACUAAUCUUCUAACAAACUUCAGCCUUGGAAGUGAGGGUCUUCCAAUCGUUAGCCCCUUAUAUGACAUUGAGGGCGACAGCGUGCCAUCCUUCUCGCCGUCCUGCUACCAGAACCCUGAAAAAAAAUCCGCCACUUCCAAACCCCCUUACUCUUUCAGCCUUCUCAUUUACAUGGCAAUUGAGCAUUCCCCCAACAAGAGCUUGCCAGUCAAAGAGAUCUACAGCUGGAUCCUGGAGCGCUUCCCCUACUUCGCCACAGCACCCACCGGCUGGAAGAACUCAGUCCGGCACAACCUCUCCCUGAACAAGUGUUUCCGAAAGGUGGAGAGAAGCCAUGGCAAGGUGAAUGGAAAAGGUUCGCUAUGGUGUGUUGACCCAGAAUAUAAACCUAAUCUUGUCCAAGCACUGAAAAAGCAGCCUUUUCCCUCAGCACUUGCGUUUUAUACUCCGCCAGCAUCACCACCAAGUAGGUCGGCAUCCCCUCACUACCUAACUUCAGUCCUUCAGCAGAAUCAUGGCCGAUCUCUCAAAGAAUCCGACAUUGAUGCUGCUACUGCAAUGAUGCUGUUAAAUACUUCCAUUCAACAAGGGAUGUUGGACUGUGAGAAACCUCAGCCUCUGAAGACACCCAAGAAGAGGAGUUACGGCAGUGCAUUCAAUCCUCCCAGUUCCAUAAAUUUGCAGGAAAAUGAUUCUGCGGCCACCAAUAUCGAUCCAAAGGAGGAUCACAACUACAGUGCCAGCAGCAUGGGUUCCCAGCGCUGUGCAUCUAGGUCCAGCGUGUCUUCCUUAUCCUCCCUUGACGAGGUGUAUGAAUUUAUCUCCAAGACCAGCCAUGACGGAAGCGACGGCAGCGAAGGAUUUCACAGCGAGGUGGAUACAGACGUUGACUAUGAAGAUGAUCCUCUUGGAGACAGCGGCUAUGCAUCACAACCUUGUGUAGAUACCUCUGAGGAAAGUCAGCCUAGCAACAAAGCACUCAAGGAGUUAUGUCAAGAAAUCGAUGAGGAGUUGAAAGAAGCAGCAGGGUCUCUGCUCCACCUUGCUGGCAUCCAAACGUGCUUGAGUUCCUUAAUAAGUACUGCAAAGACCCACUGUCACAAGCAAAGGAAAAAAUAGUAUGUUUGUCAGUGUUGAAUAUAUACAUAUAUUUUUUUUAAUUGUGGCAAUACUCUUCUACUUUUACCCUUCACAAGGGAGAUCAAAGCCAUAAGAGGACUCAUUGCUUUUUUAUUUUUGGCGCUAACUAUAAUUUAGCCAUUUAUUUUUAAAUCACUGCCUAAAAGGAAAAAAAAAAUUAUUUAAUCUUCUCAAAGUAGGAGAGAUGCAUGACUUGUGAAAACCUGAAAGCAUACUUCUUGAUCACUUUUUAAUUUUUUUUUUCUUUUUAAUAGUUGUUUUUUUUUUUUUUUUUUCAGAGAUGUGUUUGUUCAGAUGCACAUUGUGGAUCAUAUUUACAUCUCUGCUGGCCCCCUUUGCAGAGGUGAAUUUUGCCCUGUCUAAGGGCUCUGACUUUCACGUAAAGGAUUAAAAAGGAGGAGAAAAAAGAAAGAAAGGGUGGGUAAAAAGGGUCCUGGCUUUGGUUGCUUCUCUCUUUGCUCUUCUGAGACGGGUCCCGGUGGAAAUGCUGGUGACACAACUCCGAGUGGCUGCUGUUCUCAGCCCGUCUGAUACAGUGGCUGAAAACCUGCAGCGCUCGGAGCUGCUUUCAGCAAGAUGCUAAAUAUCCCCCAGGAAGAGCGGGGAUAAGGGGCAGCUGAAGUGGGUACCACCCGCAGUUUUCUUUUUUUUCCUCCCUCCCCCAGGUCUGCUGUGUGCAGGUCAGAUUCCUGAAGGAAAACACUUUGUUUGGGGUUGGUUUUUUUUUUUCAUCUUAAGACAAAUUGUCUUUUUUUGGGGUGGGUGUGUGUGUGUCCUUUUUGUGCAGAUGCAUGCAUGCACACCCACGCCUUAGAUGUAGCCAGCAGUGAAAGCUGCCACCUGCCAAGUUUGAUGUUGUCCUGGUGUUACCACCACUGCUGAAUACAUAGUAGCUGUGUAGUCCUGCAACAUCUACCCUUCUGUUCCCCAAUACAGAUUUGGGGGGGAAAAACAACCCAGCAGUUGAUGGUGGUGACAGCAUGGAGAAGGUGGAGGCUUUAGGUGGCUAGGUGGUGAACAGCUGCUGAAAAGGGAACAUCUUGCCCCGUAAUCUGAGACAAAAAGCUUCCUUUUGGAUCAGUGAACUCUGAAUUGCUUUUAGGGUUUUUCGCCCCUUCCCUCCAAUGCUGUUUUUUUUUUUUGUCACAUGGGUUGUCCGUACCUUUUGUUUCCCAGAUCACUGUGCCUUGUGCUGUGUGAACCCUACCAGCCUCCUGCUGCAUACGGGGCAUCUAACGGGCAAGGCUAGGCUUUCGCCUUUGGAUGUACAUCGUAGCUCAGGAGGACCCCUCUGUGUCGGGAAGAAAUUCCUUCAUAAUUCAUUUUUGCAAUAAGAGAAUCUCUUUAUAGUUUCCAGACAUCCUUCAGCCAAAAUGUUUUAGGGGUAUGGUGGACUUUUUCCCCCUUUUUUUUUUUUUUUUUUUUUUUUUUUUUUUUAAAUUAUUAAAUCAGUGGUGAUUGCUUACAUCUUCCUGUAGAUGAUGGCCUUUUUUUUUUUUAAUUUAUUUUCUGUUAAAAAAAUGGGUAAGCAGUCCUGUUGGAGUGGGUUUUAACAGUACUGUACACGUAAGGAUGCCUUAAGUAUGUUGCAGAAUUGUAUACAACUAUCAAAGGUCAUCUUUCCUGUUUCUGAAAGGUAGCAUGAUGUGCCAUAAACUUGCUAACACAUGAAGCUGUUGCUUCCCAGAGGUGUUGGGCAAGCUGGUUGAAAAUUAGGAGCAGAGCCACCUAGGAAACCAAUGUCCACUGUUUUGGUUGUUGAAAACAGUGCUGGAUUCAGCCAAAAGUUAACCUUUCCCUAAAGGAGUAUUUUUUCUGGCUAUUUGGAGGCCUUUCUUAGAUCAUUGUGGGUUUUCUGGUAGUUUGUUUGUGGGUUUGUUUUUUUUUUUUUUCUAUUUGUUAGUCUCUUCAUGAAUACUGCCAUAAACUGUCUACUUUAAAUAUGAACACAGUUAUGCUGCUGAAGGUCUGUUGCUCUGAGGGCCUGUUGCAGUGCCUCGUGAAGACAACGGUGGUGCUCCCGCUGACUUAAUGGCUGUUGGAUCAAGCCUGAAAUAUUUGAGGUUCUUUGUGUUUUGGAAUGUAAAGCCAACAUUUUUUUUUUUAAAGCACAAACACUAGGACAAAAGUGGUUGGUUCGUUUGUUUGGGUUUUUUUUUUGUUUUUUUUUUUUUUGUUUUUUUUUUUUUGUUUGUUUGUUUGUUUGUUUUUUUUUUUUUCCAAUUACUUCAGUUUUAAGAAUGAUUUGUUUUAUUUCUUGAAAGGGAAGAAAAAUACUCUGCUGCAUUCCUGCUUUGUGUGAACACCCGUUAGCCUACACAUGUGUGCAGACGUGUAUGUCUUCUGGAUAUCACAAGUGGUGCAUUAGCCAAUUAGAUCAGAUACUGGAUGUGUUACUGGUGGAUAGUAGGGGUAAAAAUCGCUAUUUAAAGGAAAAUUAAGUACCAACGCAGUGGUUAUUGGGAUUUUGGGAUGUGGAGAUGUGAAUGCUUGGUGGAACUGCUUUUUUCUCAUGGGUUGCUUUUGUGCCUUGAUGGAAAACUGCAGAGUUUGUGUCAAUGUGAAAAUGAGGAUCCAGCUACACAGAAAUAUUGUUAGCAAUCUGAGGUUUUGCUCGGUGCCACGGUUUCAGUUGCACGCUGUUGAAGAGGGGUGCUGCCUGGCUCCUGCUGAAGGUGGUUGCAGCUCUUGUGUAGCUUCCAGUGAAAGCUGGAUCAAGGUCCAAGUAUUCUGGAAACUGUAGUUCUUGUUGGCUCUGUGUUUUGGUUUGGUUCUGAGUUAUUUUUUCACCUCGGAUAAAAUCUGAGAAGGUUAAUACUUACUAGGAGGGUGGCUGUGCCGCUGUUAACCCUGCAGUUGGUGAUAGCGACUUUGGCGUUUCUGAAGGGAUGGGGUUGGGGUGCUAACAAUGCAUUUAAUUAGAAUACGCAAUGAGCAAUAAAACCAUACUAAUCAGAAGUUAGCAGCGAAAGCUGCACCCAUCCUUACAGCUUUCGGUCUGGGAGAACUGGAAUUGUGGAAGAGGGGAAGCAGUUGCAGCCUUUCCCCGGGACACAGAGCGGCGCGGCAGGGCCGUGCUCUUCAUGCUUUGCUGCCUUCCCUCUCUCCUCCCGAAGGAGGAGGCAGCCGAUCUGUGCCCCCGACCUACUCCCCCACAUUGCCCCACGCCUCUGCCCCCCCGUUUUGGCGGGCAAAGGCCGCCAGCUCCGUUGCGGAGCACCCCUCCUGGUAGUGGGAGAAUAGCUGCCCUUCCUUUCGCUUACGUACCUAGCAUUGGGUUUGGGUUUGUUUGCCACCUCAGUUUAGAGACCCUGGUGUAUAUAGUAUAAAUGGAGUAUAAUUAAAAGUUAUUUUGAUUGUUGGGCUUUGGGCUUUUUUUUUUUUUUUUAAGUGACACAUGUAAAAUGUUCAUGCCAAUGGUUGACUCGGAUAUAUUUUGGCAAGAAAAGUAUUAAUGAACCACAUUCAAUUCUUUAAACACAGUGAAGAAGUGUAUGAGUCUUAUGUACAAGGGAGGCUGCUCUGUUCAAGAUAAAUCUGAUGUGAAUACUGUACGAUCAUGUAUUGGCCUUUCAGAUUCCAAUACUAAAUUACUGCUUUUGCAAAAGUCACAUCACAUGUUUUAAAAUCUGACUGUAAAAUAGAAGUUGUAUGGUUUGCAACUUUUCAUCAGCCUGAAAAGCAACUACAAGCUUUGGCUAAAGCAAAGUACACUCAUGCACGUUAAUAAUGGUGUAGUCAAAAUAUUUAUUGAAAAGAAAAGGUAGAAUAUUUUAAACGUUGCACCUGCCAUUAUAUCUUAAAGCACAUUCUUCACAUCUAACUGCCAGUGCCAUUAUCAAGUCUGUUUUAUAAAUGUACAUUUCUUCAAACUAAAAAGUGCAUAAUUAAAAGUAUUAUGUUACUGCCAUAUAGUGAUAUAAAACAUUUUAUAAUUGCCAAUUCAUUGUAACUAUUAUUUAUUUAAAAGUGAAUUGUAAGAAUGCUUUCUGAUCAAAUGAACCAGAGUUGUUUUUAAACCAUUCCCGUUAGCUUGUUUCUUACGUAGCAUAAGCAAUGUCUUUGGGUUUGUUUAGAAUAAUUUUGCCAGUAGGUGACCAAUUCUAACCCUUUUUCCUCCAGUUUAGUCCUUUACCCAUUUUAAAGACGAUUUACAGAAGUUUAGUUUUUUGUAUGCUAAUCUCUGUUAAUUAAAAUGUUUAUAAAGUUUAUUUUUACCAAAGAGAUGCAAUUCAUUAUGACAAAAUAUUGCAGAAUAAACUUUGUUUUAUAACAUUUGUGACUUUUCUGCCCACAUUUUUCAUUCAGAUGAUCAAAGGGGCUUUUCUAAAAUAAACAGCAUUGCAAACAGAAA